AUGAAGCUGUGGACUCAGGAUGACGAAGACGCCGCGGUGCCUUCAAGCCCGAAGUUGAGAAAGAUUGUCUUCGUGAACAGCUCUGCAUCGCUUGUUCCUGCACCUGGCUACCUAGCAUACUCUGGCCCAAAGAGCACAUACGCCGUACAAUGUAUCUUUGCGCACAACUUCAUCACGCCAACCUUUCUACAAGAGCAAAAGACUAAACCCGAGCUUACCAAGCGCAUUGAAGGCACAUCAGGCGAGCUUCACGAGUUGGAGAAGCAAUUUCCCUACGCUGCGAAGAUUGCGCCCGAGAUUGUUGCAAAUGUCGCGAGCGGCGACUAUGCUGUUUGUGAUGGGAGGUUCGAUCCUCAACUGUUGUGGGCGAAUGCUAUGGGUGCGAGUCCGCGGCGCGGAUGGGGGAUCGUGGAUACGCUGAUGGCUAUGUUCAUGCUUCUCGCGUGGCCAUUCGUGAGGCGCGAUAUGGAGAAGAAGUGCUGGGGUGAUGCGUUGGGUGCAAAAUAG